AUGCUCAUCUCGAGCUAUCCGGCUCAGAGAAGCCGGCGCAAACAAAAGUUCGUUCGUCUUCCCAGUGGAUACACUUUCCCGGCCGACGCAGCCAGCAACUUCCAGAGAGAUUCGUAUGUUCCCGCUACGGUAGGUAUCGCGAAUAUCUCCCAGUGAAAGUAUUCUGUUCAGUUCUCUCCUCCAUCUGAAAAGAUUCUCCAAGCACCACCACGAUACAUAGCUGGAGAGCAUCAUCCUCCAAUUUCAGGUAUACACUGCUCUUCUCUUAUUCUCAAUCUUUUCUGACCUUCAGGUGAAAAUGCCCACACUUCGGAGAGCCAUGGAAUGAGCUACAUCGACUACAAGAAAGCGACGCAAGGUGCUCCACAGCCUCCUCCGCCAGUCUCAACUUAUGUCGUUCCUCAACCUUCUCCUUCUUCGGAAGGAACCGCUUCAGACUCUUAUCAGUCUGUCCCUCCUCCUAAUCCUCCUCCUUCUACUCCUGCUCCGACAAUCCCUCCGGUUACAAUAGUUGAAUCUCCAGGAGUUCAGGAAGUGACGACAAUAUCCCCGGGUCCUGCAACUACUGCCGCAACGGUGGGAUUGAAGAAAGAGAAGUCGGAUGAUACCUCCUGAUCACUGAUUAUGUUUCUUUUUUAGUAUCGGAGGAAUUGCUCAAAACCUGAACAACCGAUUCACAGGAUUGAGCACAGAUCAGCAGCAAGCACAGAGGGGACACACUUACACGGCUCUCGGCGGAGGACAGUUCUAUCAGAGUUUGCUUGGAGGGGUAACACAUUAUAUCGAAAAUAUUUUAACCUCGUUGGUUUCCCUUCCAGAAAAACGGCUUCUCUCCGCUCUCCUUCUUCCUGAAUGGCGGUCUCGGAGGUGCCGGCAACAACGGGUUCUUCGUUCCCGUUCCAGUCGUCAUUCCCCCUCCGCCGCCGCCUCCGCCCGGUCCCAAAUGCUUCACGAACCCUUCCGGAUUCCUUUGCUGCAACGUGACACUCGAGAAGACUAUGGAAGAAGCGUAUCUUGAAGCAAAGUCAGAAGGAUUCUCGGCAUGUAAUGUGCAGAAAAUGGCGACAGCUGUGCAAGCGGUUAGUCUUAAGAUCCAAACGAUUCAUACCUUUUCGCCAUUACAGAAAGCCGAGGAAAAGUUCGGAACGACGUUCGAAUCAGUGGCUGCGCAUGCCGAUUUUGUGGCGAAGAUCAACUUUGCGGGCGACCUGAACUGCAAAAUCGAGAUCGACGGAAAGUUCAUAAUGGCGUACGCGACUCCGCUCGCCGAGCAGGAAGUCAAUAUUGUCGAUGCGAGCUCGUUCUUCUCGGGAGCCGCCGACAAGGAGCUGGAGAGCGUGAACGGAACGAAACCGACGUACAUCGUGUACGGACCCAUAAAGAGAUAG